UCAGAGCGCUCGAGAAGAAGCAGAAACGCACCGGAUUCAGCAAGAAGCGCGCGCCUGGCACGAGAAGUUCACGGCUGCGCGUCCCAGAGCCCUAGAGGUCACCGACACCCGCUCGUGCGCACUGGUUCCGAGAUGAUGGUGCUGAUCCUGCUGCUCUUUUGGCUCACGGUUCACGGAGCCCUUGGUAUGUUUUCUCAGCAGCCCCAGGACUUGGUGGUAGUGGCUGGCCAACCGGUCACUCUGCCGUGCUCCAUUCCUGGCUACCAUGGUGUUGUGCUGUGGAUCAAAGAUGGCCUGGCUUUGGGUGUUGGACGAGACCUAUCAGGUUAUCCUCGCUACACGGUAAUUGGAGAUCACAGUACUGGGGAACACCAUCUGAGGAUCCAGAGGGUUGAGCUUGCGGAUGAUGCUGUGUUUGAGUGCCAGGCCAUCCAGGCUGCUAUGAGGUCUCGACCUGCUCGACUCACAGUUUUGGUUCCACCAGAUAACCCAGUUAUUGAUGGAGGCCCUGUGGUGAGCCUGAGAGCUGGAGACCCACUCAACCUGACAUGUCAUGCUGACAAUGCCAAGCCUGCUGCCUCCAUCAUCUGGAUUCGAAAUGGGGAGGUGCUAAAUGGGGCCAUGUACUCGAAGACCCUUCUUCGAGAUGGCAGGAAGGAGAGUACAGUCAGCACUUUGUACAUUUCACCAUCCAACAUCGAAACAGGACAGACAAUCAUCUGCCGUGCAUCAAACAAAGCUGUCCCCAAUGGCAAGGAGAGCAGUGUUACUAUUGACAUCCAGCACUUACCUCUGGUGAACCUUUCAGUUGAACCCCAGCCAGUGUUGGAAGGAAACCUGGUGAAGUUUCACUGCUCUGCUAAAGCCAAUCCACCAGUCACUCAGUACAGAUGGGCCAAAGGAGGUCAUGUGAUCAAAGAAGUGUCUGGAGACACCUAUGAAGUUGUAGUGGACCACUCCUUCUACACAGACGCCGUUUCAUGUGAGGUCACCAACCCUCUUGGGAGUACAAAUAUCAGCCGCAAUGUGGACGUCUACUUUGGUCCUCGUAUGGCUGCAGAGCCCCAGUCCCUGCAGGUGGACCUGGGAUCAGAUGCUGUGUUUAAUUGUGCAUGGACGGGAAACCCAUCGCUCACGAUCGUGUGGAUGAAGAGGGGAUCAGGAGUGGUGCUGAGCAAUGAGAACAUCCUGACGUUAAAAUCAGUGAGGCAGGAGGAUGCUGGAAAAUACGUGUGCCGCGCUGUGGUGCCUCGAGUCGGAGCUGGAGAGAAGGAGGUUAUGCUUACAGUGAAUGGACCUCCGACCAUCUCCAGCACCCAAACACACCAGGCUCCUCAUGGAGAGAAGGGACAGAUCAAGUGCUUCAUCCGUAGCACGCCUCCUCCUGACCGCAUUGCCUGGUCAUGGAAAGAGACAGUCCUCGAGUCGGGAACAUCUGGCCGCUACACAGUUGAGACAGUGAGCACUGAGGACGGUGUCCUGUCCACCCUGACAAUGAGUAACAUCGUCCCCGCUGACUUCCAGACCAUCUAUAAUUGCACAGCAUGGAACAGCUUUGGCUCCGACACUGAAAUAAUCCGUCUCAAGGAACAAGGUGGGAGCCAAGGUUCGCCACGCGGCUAUCAUUUGUUGUCCGCAGAGUCUCUGCCUGUGGCUGUGAUUAUCGGCGUGGCAGUGGGAGCUUUCGUCGCCUUCAUCGUCCUCAUCGGCACCAUCGGGGCCUUCUGCUGCACACGCUCUCAGAGAAAAGACGCUCACCUGGUUAUGCCCUCCCUCCCUGCCUCGAUCUGUGCUCAGCAGCGAGAACUUUCAAGCAAAAUUAAGACAGAAAACCUUAAAGGCGUCGUCUCGACCAAGAAUGACAUCCGCGUGGAGAUUGUGCACAAAGACCACAAUGCUGCACGGGAAAAUGAGGACCAUGCCGCCAUGAAGCAGCUGAUGAUUGAACGCGGAGAAUUCCAGCAGGAGUCUGUUCUCAAGCAGCUGGAGGUCCUCCAGGAGGAGGAGAAAGAAUACCAGCACAUCAAGGAUCCCACCAAUGGCUACUACAGCGUGAACACUUUUAAAGAGCACCACGGGACCCCCACCCUCACGCUGGCUAGCACCCAUAACACCACUGAACUACGGCGUGAAACCUCCACAGGCAAGCAACGUGUACCCACAGGCAUGUCUUUCACCAACAUCUACUCAACCAUUGGUGGUGCACCAAACCCUCGUUUGUAUGAGUAUGGCGGGCGCUUCGUCCUGGGCACAGGCAGCAGCUCCAUCGAGCUGUGUGAGCGCGAGCUACAACAGCGUGCCUCCCUCAGCGACUCGGGUUCCUUCAUGGACACUCAGUGCGACAGCAGUGCCAGCAGCUACGCACACUUUGACAAGGACAGCAAGGCCUCAGCAUCAUCCUCGUCACACCACUCGCACUCGUCCUCGCAAAACUCAGACCUGACACGACCCCUGCAGAAGCGCAUGCAGACUCACGUGUGACAACGUCUACAAAUGAUGUCGGGAAGCAGAUCAAGCACACAAGCUCUCUUUUUCUUACUCUUUUUGUCUCUGUAAUGUCAUCAUAAGAACCUCGUACAAUGCAGCUUUGGUAAAGUCUUUGUGCUUGCGGUUACAAUUGCAGACAAGUCAAAUAUCCUGAACUGAGAAGAAGUACCUUCAGUGUAGUACUAGUGAGAAAUGUCUCAGCUACUGUACAGAACGCCAGAACAGGAUGAAACCAUGCUGACAAAAAUGACAAAACACAACCAAUGUGUGGACAAGCAGAUCAUAAAUGAACGAAGGUCUUCAGAACAUGAACAGAUUCUACAACGCUGUUGACAUCUCCAGUCCACGAUGCCUUUGGCAGCAUCAGAAAGACAACAUCCUGAUUCUCUUGUCUUCUCUUGCUCUCUUGUACAGUAGGCCUGUCUGAGUGUGUAUUAU